CGGUCUACCCUGAAGUUACAAACUCUCGAGCUGCACUUGAAUGCAGCAUGGAGCUGGAAAGUUCCGAGCUGCCCGUGAAGGUAUCUUGUGUAAGACGGGCGGAAGGAGUUUUGCGCCUUACAGGAAAAGGAUUGAUUUCGAAAGUUGUUUUGUCUCAUCUGUUGAGUCGCUCCCGGGUUACAUCGUUCAGCUGCUGCUCUGGAAACCACCUGGAAACCCUCCGUGCUGCAGACAGAGCCGCUGAGCCGCAGCCAUGACGCUUUAAUACGCCUUAAACAGGCCCGCAGGUGAGCGCAGAGCGGAGACAUGGCCAUCGCCCACGUGGCCACAGAGUACGUGUUCAGCGAUUUUCUGCUGAAGGAUCCGAACCAGGCUCGAUACCGCAGCGUCCGAACGGAGCUCGCCGUGGACAAGAUCGUGACCUGCGUGGCCGUGGGCCUUCCCCUCCUCUUCAUCUCUCUGGCCUUCGCUCAGGAGGUCUCAGUAGGUACUCAGAUCAGCUGCUUUGCUCCCACUAACUUCUCAUGGAGGCAGGCGGCUUAUGUGGACUCCUUCUGCUGGGCCGUCGUGCACACGCACACUCUGCCUAUGUGGCUGCACAAGUUCUUUCCCUACAUCCUGCUGCUGGUGGCCGUGCUGAUGUACACCCCGGCGUUGCUGUGGAGAUUUUCCGCUGCGCCGCUCCUGCAGUCUGACCUCGGCUUCAUCAUGGAGGAGCUGGACCGCUGUUACAACCGUGCCGUCACUCUGGCCAAACGGAUGGCGACCGCAGGGCAGCUGACCGCCGACAGUGACCCCACAGACGGCUGCUUCAAUUACCCAAUAGUGGAGAAGUUCCUGAUGACCAAGCGCUGCUCACGGAAGCUGCUGUUGUGCUACCUGUUCUGCCGCUUCCUGACUCUGCUCACCCUGCUGUGCGCCUGCCUCUACCUGGGUUACUACCUCCGCCUGGCGUCCACCACGGACGAGUUCGGCUGCACGCUGCGCGUCGGCCUGCUCAAAUUUGACCCCGGUGUCCCCGACAAGGUGCAGUGUAAGCUCACCGCCGUGGGAGUCUUCUACUUGCUGAGCCUGGUGAACUUGAUCGUCUUCGCUGCACUGAUUCCAGUUGUGAUCUACGCCACCCUGCGUCCCCUCUUCUGGUCCGGAUGCACCCACUUCCUGGAAACCUACGAAUCGCUGCCCACUGUGAGCGUCCUGCCCAAACCCGGCAGCCAGUGUGACGAUCUCUCGCUCUACCUGCUCUUACUGGAGGAGAACAUCAGUGAACUGAAAUCCUACAAAUACAUGAAGGUGUUGGAGAUGUUGAGGAGACGAGGAGACAGCUUCGACCCCAUGGGCCUGCUGCAGAAUCUCUGCCCGGUGAAGAUGGACAGCGUGGACGGGAAAAAUCCGCCCGCCGCUGCGGCGAAAUGUGACGCCGAAGCACCCGAGGACGGCUGCGAGCGUCCAGACCCAUCCAAAGAAAACAGCACCAAGAUGGAGACGGAGAUGAAAG